CUCUCUAAGUAACUUGUUCUAUUUGUUGUUAUAGUGUGAGUGAGUGAGAGAUCUUUGAAAAGGAGUGUUUACCAUGAUGAACGGUUGUGAUGAGGAGAAGGUGUUGAUCCCGGGGUUGCCGGAAGACAUAGCGUUGGAUUGCUUGGCAAGAGUGCCGCACCGAUUUCACCAGGGAUUGCGACCAGUUUGCCGACGCUGGUGCCAGCUUGUAACGUCACCGGAGUUUUAUCUUCACCGUGAGCGAAUCGGCACCGCGGAGGACCUUAUCUUUUUGGUUCAAGCGCGGCCGGUGGAGAAGGUUGAAGGAGGGGUGGAUCUGGUCACCGCCGGGGAGAGUAAGGCGGAGUUUCGGUUGCCGAGAUGCUCGUUGGUGGCGUACAACGUGACGAUGGAUGUGUGGGGGAGGGUGGGAGAGGUGCCGGUGUUUGCUAGGGCGGCGGCGGCGGAGGGGAAGGUGGUGGUGAUGGGGGGUUGGGAUCCGGAGUCGCUGGAGCCGAUGAGGGAGGUUGGGGUGGUGGAUCCGGUGACGGGGAGACGGAGGGUGGGGAAAGCUAUGACGACGGCGAGGUCGUUCUUUGCUGCGGCGGCGAUGGAUGGGAGGGUUUUCGUGGCCGGAGGGCAUGAUUCGCAGAAGAACGCGUUGAAGACGGCGGAGGCGUAUGAUGUGGAGAUGGAUGAUUGGGUGGAGUUGCCGGCGAUGGAGGAGGAGAGGGAUGAGUGUCAGGGAGCGGUGGUUGGGGGGAAGUUCUGGGCGGUGAGUGGGUAUCGGACGGAGGGGCAGGGGAGGUUCGAUCCGAUGGCGGAGUGCUACGAUCCGGCGACGGAGGGGUGGAUCAAGGUUGAAGGGAUCUGGGAGGAGGGUGGUGGUGCGCCGAGCGCGGCGUUCUUCGCGGCGGCGGAGGGGGAGAGGCUUGGGUACGUGGAUGGGAGGGGGGCGAGGGAGUAUGAGAAAGGGUGGAAAGGGGCGGUGGCCGGGCCGGAGGGGAUGAGGGCGGUGGCGGUGGCGGCGGCGACGGGGGAGAGGGUUUUCGCGAUGGGGACGGAGGUUGAUGGGCGAGGACAUGUGGGUUGGGUUUUGGAGAAAUGGGAAGUGGAGACGGGUUCGGAUGCUUAACGGGUUUCUCUGGAUCCGUUUACUCCGCUACUGCAAUCCGGGUUUGAACCCGAAUCCGAUAAGGGUGCUACUUAGUAUAAGUUUCUUGUUUUUUUUGAUGAGAGGCUUGGAAUAUUAGUGUGUAUAUUUUUGGAUGUUUGAGAUGUGUGAUCUUGAUAUGAGACACUGAACUUUAAUGAUAAAAAGAUGAUAAAGAGUGUUGAUGAAGCAA